GUUUUGAUCGCCAUUGUUGUAGUAAUGGAGUUGGCAAUGGGUACCAAAGUUUACAAGGUGGGAGAAGAGGUUGGAUGGAACAAUUGUACAAAGGUCAACGAUUUUUACUCGCAAUGGUCCGCUUCCAAAUAUUUCCAAGUCGGCGAUGUUCUUGUGUUCAGGUUCAAUCCAAGCAACGAUAAUGUGUUCAGAGUGACUGCCGAAGAUUUCACGGCAUGCACUGCCCCAUCGCCGAUUGGCCUCCCCACCGACGGCAUAGAGGCCUUCACGCUGGACACCCCCGGCCCCGCCUACUUCAUCUGCAGCAUCCCCGGCCGCUGUCAGGCCGGCCAAAAGCUCCAAGUCUUCGUCCAUUCUAAUUUAGCUCCGGCCCCCUCGCCGUCCCAGCUGGCGGCUAAUCAGCCACAGCUUCCGCCGGCGCCAGCUCCAUCUCCGGUGAGUCUGCAGCAGCAGCAGCAGAGUCCUCCAUUGCCCCCGCCGUCCACUUCGCCCAUCCCGCCUCCCGGUCCGGCCCCGUCGAGUGAUCAUCAUCACAGCCCUGAGCAAUCUCCUUCGGAUGACAAGAAGAGCGGCUCAGCCUCUCUCUCUCUCAACGCAUGGGUGGCCGUGGCUGCGGCCUUAGCGCUCUCUUUGUUUAAUUUGGCCGGAACUACUAGCUAAGCUAGCUAGUACUUCCUCCGUUGCCUUUUAAUUGCAACAGUCAACAUUUCACGUUUGCCAACACACAAGUUUGAC